UUUGCCAGUGGACGAUCUUUAUGUUUUCCAAACAGUUUUCUGAAGCUCUGCCGUAAAAUAAAACUUUCCUGCAGACUAAAGUAGCAACAUAAACAGAUGUUUUGGUUUAAAUUCUUAUUAGCACCAACUGAAUGUCUUUACCUGAAACUCACAAAUAAAAUACAUCAUUGCUCAAAUUCAAACUGCUCAUUGCAUUUCAGUUUAAAAGCUACUCGCUUUAUUGUCGGUUUAAAUAUUUUGCAGCAURAUUUGUYCUCAGUGAAUUCACCUUCUGAUGAAGAAUUUUGAUUUUGUUCUUUAUAAACAAUUAAACUGAGCAGUAGAAAUAGGAGGAGAAUGACUGAGUGCUYAAAGGAGGAGCUCAGACAUUCAGCUAAGUUCCUGGUUUAUCACUGAAGGAGGAAGACAAACAUUUAAAACAUCAGCACCUCAAGAUGAACUUUGUUUUUAYGUUGGUCUGCUUCUUCUUCACAGCUCUGCAGGAUGGAGAAACUGUGAGAUCCUUCACUGGAAAGGAAGGAGGAAGCAUCACAGUGACAUGUGAAUUUGGCCUCUCUGGAAACAAGAAGUUCCUCUGUAAGGAAGUGUGUGAAGGAGGAAACAUUCUCAUUGAAACAACUCAAAGCAGAGAUCGGAGAGGCAGAUAUUGGAUUCAGUAUGAAAAGAGAGGCGUUCUGUCAUCUGAACUAGUUUAUGUGGGAAUCAACGAGCUGAAACCGUCGGACUCAGGACGCUACCUGUGCCGUUCGGGUCAAACUAUUCUCACUCAAAGUGACGACUUUCAUCUUGUUGUGACAGAAGGCCCCAAAACAACAAGUUCUUCACUGUCUCCAUCUGUAACCAGGAAACUAUCUGAAGAAUCAGCUGCAGCUUCAGGUUUGCAACUUUAUGUGAUUCUGUCUCUGAUCGCCAAGAUCAUCUUGUUAUCAGCACCUUUGGUGAUUUUCUGCUGGAAGAGGAGAGUCAUGAAAAUCAAAGAUUUGGCUGCAGAAAUAGAGAAUGCUGCCGACUCUCAGAUCAAACCAGAGGGAGGAAAUCAGAGAAGAGAUCAGACAAAACAAAUCAUCUGCUGAGGAAAUAUCUUCAGUUUAUUCCUGAACUAAACUCUCUGAGACAAUCAGAGCUCAAAGAACAUUUUUCAUUUAGAUUCAUGUUUUCACAAGAAAAUAACCAAACAUGCAGGAAUGUUUCCUAUAAGUCAUAAGAGUUUUGCCAAAAAAAAAAUUCUAUUUAAUGUUGCAAAAGUUGUUUGAAAGAUGAUUUAAUUACUGUGUUGUAAACAUUUUUUUUAAAUAAUACAUUUAUAUAAAUAGGAAAAUAUUUUGUGUUUGCAGUAAGAUAGGAGGACAAUAUUUUGGACUGUAUUUAAACAAGCUGAAAGUUGUCAAGUUGUGUCUUUGGUAUACAUUCCUCUUUUUAUAUGACAAAUUUUGAUUUGUAUUUUUACAAUUUCUGUUUAAAUUUCCUUUUUUGUAUAAUUUAUUUCAGCGCAACUUUACAUGUGUGAACUUGCAAGUUUUUUUCAUUAGUAUUUUGAAAUAAUACAUUUUUAGAUG